AUGUUCAAAAACUUGAAAGAGAAACAUGGAUCUUUCUUCGAGACCAAACAACCCACUGCAUCCGCGAGUGCGGGUAAUGAUCGUGGACAAGAUCUGACGUCAAUCCUGGACCGGUCGCAACGCGCCGACCUCACAGUGUUGGUAGCUGAGAUCGCGGAGUCAAUGCGAGUUGGCCUCCUUGAGAUAUUCGAAACACCCGAAGUCAGAUCUCCAACGAAUGAAUGGUCUCCUAGUCAGAGUCCCAGUCUUGAAAAGAACGACGAAGAAGCACCGCCGCUACCUACUAGGCCACAGAAUGGGUCAAGUGAAGAGAGCGCGGCACAACCACAACAGCGACAACGGUCCGGCCCUAGAAGGAAUGCUACUGCUGCAGCGGCUAAAGCUCGUGCCAAGCAAAGGACUCUCUCGCAUUUUCAGAAUUGGAGAGAUGCGGUUCUCUUACGAAUUGGCGAAGUCGUGAACAGGGAUGAUGAAAUCCAGGAUAAAGAGAGUUCCGAAGCUGCCAAGUCUGAUGAUAUCCCAUUUGAUGAGGACAGACAGAGGAUCGAAAGAUUGCGUCAAGUUUACCACCCCAUUGAGACACCUCUACUUCAGCUUCCGAAAGCCACAAGGUUGCUCAUCCUGCAUUCACUUCUAUUAUUGCUGCUCAGUCUGAAGAAAUACAGCGCGUACUCUCGAGUGUUGUUGCUGUAUGUCUCGUCAAGCUUAGACAUUGAUGUGAAAGUACUCAACGAGAACGAGGUCAAAGUAGCACGUGGACUCCUAGACACCGUGCUGGCAGUCUCACAGCAGCCAGAGAACAAAGCGGAACCCAAGAAGAAAGACAACACCCGAAUGUGGAAGGUUGGUAUUGCAUCAGUUGCCGGUGCUGCUCUCAUCGGUAUCACAGGUGGCCUUGCUGCGCCCUUGGUAGCGGCGGGCAUUGGAGGGAUCAUGGGUGGACUGGGGCUUGGUGCUACUGCAGCGGCCGGGUAUCUGGGUGCACUUGCUGGUAGCAGCGUGCUUGUCGGUGGUCUGUUCGGUGCCUAUGGUGGUCGAAUGACCGGUCGCAUGAUGGACAAGUAUGCCCGCGACAUCGAAGACUUUGCUUUCAUUCCAAUUCGAGGGGCACGAAAGCAAAGAACAGAGAAUGAAAGCGAGGCUGCCGAGCAGGACCACCGUCUCCGUGUCACAAUUGGUGUUACCGGAUGGGUGAAAGAAGAGUCCGACUUUGUGGUUCCAUGGCGUGUCGUUGGGGCUGACUCGGAGGUGUUCGCCUUGCGCUGGGAGACUGAAUCACUGAUGAACCUUGGGAAUGCGAUAUCUGCCUUGGUAACGAGUGCUGCAUGGUCAGUCGCUGGACGAGAAAUUCUCAGCCGAACAUUUUUCGCAGCUAUCAUGAGUGCGGUGAUGCUGCCAGUCGGCCUCAUGAAAGUCGCCCGCGUGGUCGACAAUCCGUUCAGUGUGGCCAAAGCCCGAGCCGACAAGACUGGCGAGGCUCUUGCCGAUGCGCUCAUUAAUAAGGCUCAAGGUGAACGACCCGUCACUUUGAUUGGCUACUCCUUGGGAUCCCGUGUGAUUUACUCCUGUCUGCAAAGCCUAUGUAAGCGAAGUGCAUACGGACUGGUUGAGUCCGUCAUACUCAUGGGAUCUCCUACUCCAUCGGAUGGUGAAGCAUGGCGCCGAAUCCGCAGUGUCGUGAGUGGUAGAGUUGUCAAUGUUUUCUCGGAAAAUGAUUCGGUUCUUGCCUUCCUCUACCGAACCAGCAGCCUCCAAUUUGGUGUUGCCGGACUGCAGCCCAUUGAAGGUGUGCCUGGUGUCGAGAACUUCGAUGUCAGUGAGAAGAUUAGUGGCCACCUUCGAUACCAGUAUCUGCUCGGAAGCAUUCUCACAACCAUCGGGCUGCAAGAUCUUGACCAGAAAGAGAUUGAACGUGAAGAAGCUGCCUUGGCAGAUGAAGACAAGAAGCAAGAAGAGGAGCGACUUCGCAACGAGCUUGAGGCAGGAGUGGAAGAUAAGGACUUGUCUGUUGCCGCUGAGAAGCUGAAGGGCGAGAAGGGCUCUCAGGAAGAGGGUCGAAUGCAGAAGCAGGUUGAGACGCAGACCGAGGACCAUAUGGUGCAACAUCGAAUCCAAAUGCUGGACUUGGAUGACGAUGAUUACUCGUCUCCUCUACCUGAUCAGUCGGGCAAAUAUUCAGCUAUCUAG